GGCGCCAAGGUGGGCAGCCUGGCGGACAGGGAGUCCAUCCUGCAGCGCCUGGACCACCUGGAGGAAGUGGUCUACAACCAGCUAAACGGUUUGGCAAAGCCCAUGGGAUUAGUUGAAGGUCCAGGAGGCUUGGGCCAGGGGGGAAUGGCUGCUACCCUGAGAGAUGAUAGCCAUGAAUCAGAGACUAAGUAUGAAGAAUAUGGUUACAAUGCCCAACUUAGUGACAGGAUAUCACUGGACAGGUCCAUCCCUGACUACAGACCAAAAAAGUGCAAACAGAUGACCUACCCAGACGACCUGCCCCAGAUCUCGGUGGUCUUUAUAUUUGUAAACGAGGCGCUCUCCGUCAUCCUGCGCUCUGUGCACAGCGUCGUGAAUCACACCCCGUCGCACUUGCUCAAGGAGAUCAUUCUGGUGGAUGACAACAGUGACAAUGUUGAGCUAAAAUUUAAUUUGGACCAGUAUGUCAAUAAAAGAUACCCAGGCCUGGUGAAAAUAGUGCGCAAUAACAAACGAGAAGGACUGAUUCGAGCCAGAAUCCAAGGCUGGAAAGCAGCAACCUCUCCUGUCGUCGGAUUCUUUGAUGCUCACGUUGAAUUCAACAUCGGCUGGGUGGAACCUGCACUUACCCGGAUCAAAGAAGAUCGAAAGCGGAUCAUCUUGCCAGCAAUUGACAAUAUCAAGUACAACACGUUUGAAGUGCAGCAAUACGCCAACGCAGCCCACGGCUAUAACUGGGGUCUCUGGUGCAUGUACAUAAUCCCACCACAGGACUGGCUCGAUAAAGGGGAUGAGUCAGCUCCCAUCAGGACACCAGCCAUGAUUGGAUGCUCAUUCGUUGUGGACCGACAGUAUUUUGGUGAAAUUGGCUUGCUUGACCCUGGUAUGGAGGUCUAUGGAGGAGAAAACAUUGAAUUAGGCAUGAGGGUCUGGCAGUGCGGAGGCAGCAUGGAGGUGUUGCCCUGUUCUCGAGUGGCACAUAUUGAACGCACAAAGAAACCCUACAACAAUGACAUCGAUUACUAUGCAAAGCGCAACGCCCUGCGGGCUGCUGAGGUCUGGAUGGAUGACUUCAAGUCACACGUUUACAUGGCGUGGAACAUCCCCAUGGCAAACCCUGGAGUUGACUUUGGAGAUGUUUCUGAAAGAAUAGCUCUACGACAGCGACUGCAGUGCCGGAGUUUUAAGUGGUACUUGGAGAAUGUCUAUCCUGAAAUGAGGGUUUAUAAUAACACGGUCACUUAUGGAGAGGUGCGUAACAGCAAAGCUAGCGGCUACUGCUUAGAUCAGGGAGCCGAAGAGGAUGACAAAGCAAUCCUUUAUCCGUGCCAUGGAAUGUCCUCUCAGCUUGUCCGCUACAGCUCGGAAGGUGUCCUGCAGCUGGGGCCGCUGGGCUCCACCGCCUUCCUGCCCGACUCCAAAUGCCUCGUCGAUGACGGGAAAGGCAGGACACCGACUCUGAAGAAGUGUGAAGAUGUGCUGAGGCCAGCACAGAGGUUCUGGGAUUUCACACAGAAUGGUCCAAUCAUCAGCAGAGACACUGGCCGUUGUCUAGAAGUGGAAAUGUCAAAGGAUGCAAAUUUUGGGCUCAGAUUAGUCGUACAAAGGUGCUCGGGGCAAAAAUGGAUGAUUAGAAACUGGAUAAAACACGGCCGACAUUGACUACCAGGGCUGAGAAGCUGCUGCUCCUGCUGUUGUCCGUUGCUCGGUGUGCCAUACCUUUCAAGGCAUUUCUGUUAAUGCAAAUUGGUUUGAACAGGACUUGGCUCUCAAGAGUCCUCCAUAGUUGGGCAUUCAAAGGAAAAAA